AUGUUGCUUUUCACACAGGAUGCGAAUCUGACGUGGUACACGGAAAUCCCGGAUGUGACCCCAUGCUUCCUGAACACAGUAUUGCUGUGGGUCCCAUGCGGAUGGCUCUGGGUCAUGGCAGCGUUAGAAAUCCACUACCUCUUCGCGAGCGUCGGGAAAUACAUCCCAUGGACGAAGUUGAAUGUGUCCAAGUUGCUUCUGGCCUCUGGGUUGUUGGUCCUUCAUGCGGCGGAUCUGGUCCGCGCAAUUGCCUCGCAUCGGUCUGCGCCUGUGUUCUACUUCACGCCUGUGAUACUCGUUCUUACCAUGGCUUCGCGAAUCCGCUGCUGCUCCAGUGAGGCCACUUCCAAAUUGUACAGUCACAUCCAUCCUCAGGAUAAUCUCUACGGAGGAUGCCACUUCGUCUUCCUUUCCAGACAGAUGGUCUCAUUCGUGAACGGAAAGGCUCCUCUGUGGCAAGGCUGCUUCUUCGCACUCGGGUUGCUUAUCGCUUCCACCCUGCAGGCCCUCCUCUACGCGCCGUACUUCCAGAAGUGCAUGGUGAUUGGGGUCCGAGCUGCAGCAGCCAUCAUUGCAGCUAUCUACAAGAAGUCCCUGCGCUUGUCGCCCGCGGCUCGCAGGGAAUCAACUGUCGGGGAGAUGGUGAACUUGAUAUCAGUAGAUGCAAAACGAUACCAGGAUAUUUCUGUGGACUUGACCUUGUUCUUCACUCUUCCAAUUCAACUUGGAAUUUCAUUCUAUCUUCUCUGGGUUCAACUCGGUCCCUCCCUCUUGGCUGGAAUAGGAGUGAUCGCCGUCGCAAUUCCAAUCAAUAGUGUUAUAGCUGCUCGCUUCCAGAAACUCCAAGUGCAGCAAAUGAAAGAGCAGGAUGAAAAAGUGAAACUCAUGAGUGAAGUUCUCAAUGGCAUCAAGGGGGAGGUGGCAUAUGUCCCUCAAGAAGCCUGGAUCCGCAAUGCAACAUUGAAGAGCAAUGUUUUGUUUGGGAAAACAUACGAUGAGACAGUUUACAAGGAGAUUCUUAAAGCCUGCGCCCUGGAACAGGAUUUGGCCAUAUUGCCAGCUGGCGACAUGACAGAAAUUGGGGAGAAAGGCAUUAAUCUGAGUGGAGGACAGAAGCAGAGAGUGAGUCUGGCCAGGGCAGUCUACAGCGAUGAGGAUGUUUACCUCAUGGAUGACCCUCUCAGCGCUGUUGACAGUCACACACGAGUGCUUGUGACACACGGAAUUACCCACCUGCCGCAAACUGACCUAAUCAUAAUGAUGAAAGAUGGUAGAAUAAUAGAGGCAGGGGGAUAUCGGCAGUUGAUUGAGAAGAAAGGAGCCUUCUAUGAUUUUAUAAUCCAGUUUCUCUCUCAAGAAGAAGGAGAAGAUUCAGAAGACGAGUUGGAGGAAAUUAAACACGUAGUCGAGAUCGUCACGGGGAAGAAAAUAAUAGUCCGACGAAGAUCAAGACAUCAGUCAAAAGUUUCCGAGAGUGAAAGUGGGAGAUCAGUACCGGAUAGGUACGUCAUCCUGAAUGUCUUUGGUUCAUAUUUACAUAUCCUCGUCAUAUUUUAUAUGCUCCGUCCUGUUGUGAGAUUCCAAAAGAAGAAGACAGAAUAUUACAUCCUAAUGGUGAAGGACGCCUCAUUCAAGAUGAAACGACAGAAAAAGGAAGGAUUGUCCGAUCAGGCCUUUUUGAAUGGUACAGUCAACGACUCAGAAAGGUACAAAUAUCUUGGAGUCUACACUGCACUUGGACUCUCCCACGUCGUCAUCAUAGCUGGUGUGUUUGCCCUGGCCGCCUUGAUGAUUUGGGUAUUGGAUGUUUCAAGCGUGGACGAAGGCAUUGCCCUAUUCUUAGAAGACGUCCUCAUCUCUGCCUUUGAGGUCGUUGGCGCCCUAAUGAUAAAUAUAUACGCUACUCCAUGGUUCCUUGUUGCCAUCGGCCCUAUCAUCAUUGUGUACUAUUUUGUGCAGAACAUGUACGUCUCAACAUCAAGGCAGCUGAAAAGGCUCGAAUCAGUAUCGCGAUCCCUUAUCUACUCGCAUUUUGGAGAGACUGUGAAUGGAAUCUCCUCCAUCCGAGCAUACAGGAGAGAGGAACAGUUCAUCCGAGAAUCCGCGGAUGCAGUCGACCAUAAUAAUCAGCGUCAAUAUCCGGAAGUCACUGCUGCUAGAGAAUCUUCCACUCCGGCUUUUUUCACGAAGGGCAUUAAUCUGAGUGGAGGACAGAAGCAGAGAGUGAGUCUUGCCAGGGCAGUCUACAGCGAUGCGGAUGUUUACCUCAUGGAUGACCUUCUCAGCGCUGUUGACAGUGACGUGGGAAAGCACCUCUUCCAGCGAGUCAUCGGUCCCCUGGGACUCCUCAAGAACAAAGUGAAGUGGCGAGUGUAUGCAUACUUCCUGAAAAGCAUGGGCCUCUAUUCGUCCCUGGUAUCGAUUUUCAUGUAUGGAAUCAGUGAAGGAUUUCUGAUGGGUUCUAACAUGGCACUCUCCAGAUGGCCCGAUGAAGCUUCCCAGAAUCGCUCCAUGGAAGCAUCUGAAAGAGAUGCACACAUUGGAGUGUACACGGCGCUUGGAGUCUGCUACGGCAUCACUCAACCCAUGGAGGAUGGAGUGAGUUGUGCAUUUGAGGUAAUAUGCGCCGUAAUGGUGAUUGCGUAUGCUUUCCCUUGGUUCCUCGUCGCUGUUGUCCCCAUCUUCACUGUUUACUACCUAGCCCAGGACAUAUACGUCUCAACAGCACGACAACUCAGGCGACUUGAAGCUAUCUGGCGAUCCCCCAUCUAUUCCCAUUUCACUCCGACUGUAGCCGGGAUUUCCUCCAUACCAGCAUACAAACGAGAGGAACAGUUCAUCAGAGAAUCAGAGGAAGGAGUCGACCGCAAUAAUAAGUGCCAAUAUCCGCUAAUCACAUCCCUCAGUUGGCUGAGGGUCCGACUUGAGGCACUGGGUGGCAUUAUAACAUUAGUAGCGUCCCUCCUUGCCGUCUUUGGAAGAGAUUCCUUGAGUCCUGCCCUUGCUGGUCUGUGUAUCACCUACGCCAUGUCUGUUUCGAAACCGGUCAACUGGCUGGCACACAUGAUGGCUGAGGUAGAAACUAGCAUUGUGGGUGUGGAAAGAAUCGAAGAAUACUGUGAGACACCAGUCGAGGCCCUGUGGGAGAUCCCAGAGAAGAAGCCAAAGGAUGACUGGCCUCAGGAAGGAACUAUUUCCUUUCGAGAAUACCAGACAAGAUACCGAGACGGUCUGGAACUAGUUCUCAAAGGUGUCUCCAUCGACAUAAAAGGUGGAGAGAAGGUGGGUGUGGUGGGUCGAACAGGAGCAGGGAAGACUUCCCUCAUUCUGGGGGUCUUCCGUGUCAUCGAGAAGGCCGGGGGAGAGGUCACGAUCGAUGGCAUUGACAUCAGUCAAAUAGGCUUGCAUGACCUUCGCUCGAACCUCACGAUAAUCCCUCAGUGUUGUUCUCCGGAAGCCUCCGUACGAACGUUUGAGAAGCACACCGACGAUGAAAUAUGGAGGACCCUGGAGCUAUCGCACCUCAAGGCCUUUGCGAAGGAACUCCCACAAAGGCUUCGACAUCCUGUGGCAGAGGGAGGACAGAACCUCAGCUAUGCUGAAAUCGGAGUUGCAGCAAGUGAGUGCAAUUUUCAGAGACGUCACGGUCUGGUCAUGUACAAUGAUAAAGUAUACCUCUAUCAAACUCCCAGCGGAGAGUUCAAAACACUCCCAUAUAGUCACUAUCGCAUCCGGGAAGUAUCUGAGGGAUCAUGUACGUCAUCAGGGUGCACUCUGCAGAGGAGAUAUAUGAUGGUGCUGUUAUCAGUACUGGCGCAUGUGAAAUUAGAGGUGACUUCUCCACAUACUAUCGUACUCAAACUCGAAGGAGAUAAUCGACUCCGGAAGAAGACCAUUGAAGAGAAACUCGGGAGCCCACGUUCGUCCGUGAGAUGGCAUGCAGACGACGCGGACAUCGAAAAAUGUAUCAAGACGGAGGAAGUCCGAGCUAAAUAUAAUGUUGUCUGGUAA